ACAUGGCGGACGAUGUUAUGUUGAUAUUCCAAAUGAAGUCUAAAUUUCGCCGAAAAAUACCACAUUUGAUCCUAUUUUUUGCGUAUUUCUUUUUAUUUGUGUGUUUAUUGACAUUAGUAGACAGUGCUGGAUUGUGUAGUCCCUCAAAUUGUGUUCAUGGGGAGUGUAACAAUGACACUUGCGUUUGCUCUCCGGGCUGGAUGGGGAAAUCUUGCGAUGCCUGCGGCGGAAGAGCGAAGUUGACCUCUUCCUCUGGCUUCAUAUCAGACGGUGCUUCCAACUACACUGUAAAUGUCAAAUGCACGUGGCUCCUUGACACGGGCAGGCCAAACAGCACACUCAGACUUCGGCUCCACGAGUUUGCUACUGAAUGUGGCUGGGAUCAUCUCUAUAUUUAUGAUGGAUCGUCAGUAUUUGAUCCCCUUCUUGCUGUAUAUAGUGGCCUUAUACGCAAGAAAUCUGCAAACGACAGCGCACCUCUUCCUGAAGUCAAAGCGACCUCUGGGCGCGCCUACUUGUACUUCUACAGCGACGCGGCAUAUAACAUGAGUGGAUUCAACAUAUCUUAUUCUGUCAAUACUUGCCCACUAAACUGUUCAAAUAACGGCGUUUGUAACAAUGCAAAAGGAGAGUGUGCUUGUCAUGUCAAUUUCAACGGACCGUCAUGUGAUAUACCCAACUGCCCACACAGCUGUGCACCGAAUGGGAACUGCGUGGAUGGGAAGUGCCACUGUAAAACAGGCUUCACAGGCAUCGGCUGCAAUAUUUCCUCCGAGGAUGGCUCAUGGUCUAUGGCGCCUUCUCAUCCCCUAGGGCCAGGUGGGCGGGCGUCACACAAGUCUGUCAUCGACGGCACAUGGAUUUAUGUCAUAGGUGGCUAUGAUCUCAGCAUGACAGGUCAAAUGGACAUAUCAAGGUUCCAUGUGAUAGACCAGCGAUGGGAAAAUGUGAGGACUAUUGGGGAAUUACCAGCCGCGAGAUACGGUCACUCAGUUGUCUUAUACAAGAACAAGAUCUACAUGUUCGGUGGCGAUGUGCUGACAGUGAACAUCACUAAUGAAUUAUGGGUAUUUGACGUUCCGGCAAAUACUGCAACGCCAAUCUUGCCCGUCGCUUGGUCGCUGAUCAAUUCUUCCAGUGCAGAUUUGCUUCCAAUUGGCGUGGUCGGUCACACUGCUCAUGUUGUUAAUGAUACGAUGUAUGUCAUAUUUGGAUAUAGUUCCUUGCUCGGAUACACGAAUACUGUCCAGGAGUAUCGACUAGAUGACCAGAAGUGGAGUCUUGCUCAAACCACUGGCGCUAUUGUGAAAGGAGGCUACGCCCACUCCAGUGUUUACGACCUCACCACCGAGGCAUUCUAUGUUCACGCUGGUUACCUCUCGGGUAGUACCAACCACUAUGUCCUGGCAGAUACACUUUACUCCUAUCAGCCAAAAAAGCGGAAAUGGACAAUUCUGCACAGCAGUGGCCAGUUUAAGUAUCUCCACAGCGCUGCAAUGAUCGGUGAUGUGAUGCUGGUCUACGGAGGCAACCCACACAAUGACACGCACAAAAGCUCUGGAGCAAAAUGUUACUCAAGUGAUUUCAUGGCGUAUGACAUAAAAUGUGAUAAGUGGCACUUUCUUCCCAAUCCUAAACUCCCUCAAGAUGUCUCCCGGUUUGGUCACACGGCUGAUGUCUACCAGGGAAAGACAAGCCGACAGAUGUAUGUAUUUGGUGGUUUCAAUGGGGUCAUGCUGAACGAUGUCCUGGUAUAUACCCCAGGCAACUGCCACCUAUAUGUCACUGAAGAAACAUGUCUCGCAGCCCUCCCCGGCCAGAGCUGCGUGUGGGUCCAAGACCAGGGGUGCAUGACCAAGACAGAGGCUCAUGAACUCAUUGGGAAGUCCAUCACUCUUGAUGAUGUCAGUGAACGCACGUGUACACCACACAAAGAGGACCUCAGUGACAUCUGCCAGUAUAGCACAUGCCCUAGUUGUGUGACUACCACUUAUCAAUGUAACUGGUGCGACAGCCGGUGUUCCCAUACGAAAUGCAACAAGGAUGAGGUGAAGACACUUGAGCAAUGCCCAGCAAAUGUCAGCCACAACUGCAGUAUGCUGCACCAGUGCUCAGCCUGCCAGAUAGAAAAGAACUGCAAGUGGGGCCACAAAGAAAAAAGCUGCAUCUAUGUCGCCAAGGAUGACCAUUAUAAUGACAUCGAGCUGCUUCUCGAGCUUGAAACCAACACCUUACAAGGUGAAGGCAGUGGUAUAAAACUUGAUAAAACUUAUAGUCAAACCUGCCCACCAAGCUGUGAGGUUAACACAGGAUGUGAAGCCUGUACUAAUGCCGGUUGUAUGUGGUGUGCCAGCCAGGGGACUUGCGUGGGCUCAAAUGCCUAUGUGGCUACCUUCCCCUAUGGCCAGUGCUUGGAGUGGACGACGCUGAUCUCGAAGUGCUCUGACACCCGAUGUGAGGAUGCCAGAAUGUGUGAAGACUGCUUGAAGAAUCCCAUGUGUGGUUGGUGUUCCGAUGGCAGUGACACCGGUCUAGGAAAAUGCCACCAGGGCGGCGAUAAAGGACCCUACAGCAAGAAUACUGGCGGUGUUAUGACCCUCAACCAGACCAUGUGCCCGAACCGAAGGUGGCAUUUCACCGAGUGUCCCGUUUGCCAGUGUAAUGGUCACAGUACUUGCUACCCGGGGACAGAUACCUGUGUCAACUGUGUGGAUCUCACUCAAGGUGACAAGUGUCAGGAAUGUCAAGAUUGGUAUUAUGGAACAGCGACCAACGGUGGCAACUGCACCAUGUGCGAGUGCAACGACCAGGCUGAUACAUGCGACCGCUUCUCGGGAAAAUGUAACUGCAGGACCAAGGGAGUCAUUGGCAACAAAUGCAACCUUUGCAACGAAGAAGAGAAGUACUAUGGAAAUCCAAGAGGAGGCACGUGUUAUUACAACUUGGCCACAGAUUAUCAAUUCACAUUCAACCUGUCCAAGAAGGAUGAUCGACAUCUCACUCAUAUUAACUUUCUGAAUAUUCCUCACACGCCUGACCGUGAUGUCGAUUUCAGUAUUAACUGUUCUGAUGAUGCUAUGCUGAAUGUUACUGUCAAAACAAAGGAUGAUCCGGUGGAACACGUCAUCAUCAGCGACAAGCGAUGCUACUUUUUGAAAGCCAAGUUUUCCCACUCGCAGUAUUCCUUUGGCUCAGAGAAAAACACGACGUUUUUUGUUUAUAUUUACAAUUUCAAAACUCCUGUUACUGUUAAGAUUUCAUUUUCACAGUUUCCAAAAAUUGACCUCAUACAAUUUUUUGUGACAUUCUUUAGUUGUUUUCUCUCUCUGCUGCUCAUUGCCGCCCUCUUUUGGAAGGUCAAGCAAAGGUAUGAUGCGUACAUCCGACGUCAGCGUAUGAUUGUCGAGAUGGAGCGUAUGGUAAGCCGUCCAUUUUCCAAAACAUUGCUUGAAGUUCGUCAGUCUACUGACGACUCGGAUGAUAAAAAGGAACCUCCUGAUAUCAGGCGGAGGAAAAAGCUUUCUGAUCAUCCUAGUGCUAUUGCUAUUGAGCCUCUCCACAGCCAAAAGGCUGCCGUUCUUUCUGUGAUAUUACAGCUCCCAACUGGAGAUGAGCAAUUCCCACCGCCGAAUCAGAGCGGUCUGUAUAUAGCUAGUGCGUUAGUUUCUUUAGGACAUAAUCGAAAGCAAAGCUUUGAUAAAUCUACAGAUAAAUUGAAACGAAAGUAUGCUCCACGCUCUAAUAUGGACACAUGUAUAUAGUACCAGCAAUAUAGCCGCCUAGUGCCUGGAGGCUACAUUUUAUCCACCUGUAUUUAGAUGCUCCUAAUGUCGUCUGCUUUGUGUCACUUAUAUUUUCCUACUUUUAUGGCUAUUAUUGUAAAGUGUUUUUCAGAUAGAUCUGGCCAAAGGUACAGUAGAACCUCUCUAUUAAGGACACCCUCGGGAGUGACAAGUGCUGUCCUCAAUAGAUAGGUGUCCUGAUUGGAGAGGUCGAAUUGAAUGGAAACUGCCAAUUUGGGACAAAAACUAGUGUCCUUCAUAGAGAGGUUGUCCUUGAUAGAGAGGUUGUCCUUAAUAGAGAGGUUGUCCUUAAUGGAGAGGUGUCUGCUUAGGGAGGUUCCACUCUACUUUGCUGACCUCUUAUCACUAAAAUAAUUGUGUGAUCACAAAUAGGAAUGUUACACAGCCCUGGUCAUAUUGACAGGCUUAAGUUGACAACAUGAAAGAGCAUUGGUUUGGCCUUCCCUGAAAGAGCAUUGCUUUGGCCUACCCUAAGGAUAAUCUGGUGUUGUGCAACACCACUAUCUUUUGGUAAACGUGAUCUGGUCACAUUCCCGAGUAACUGAGUACCUUAGGCCAAAACGAUAUGAAAAACACUAUAGCCAAGCUUUAGAACUUAUUGAAACUCAGCCGAACAUUUUUAUCCAAAUUUCUUUAUACAGAGGUAAUGAAAACUAUCAUUUGCUUCUGACAGAAUGAAUGGAGGGGAUAGUGUCCUUGCUGUGAUCAUGUGGUUUUCUUAUCAAGAUUGCAACAGCACAAUUUUUCUUGAACUAGAGGCUUUUUUCAGAAGAAAAUGUCCACAUCCUUUCGGUUCGCAGGAUGAAACCUAACUUGCAUCUCAUUUGCAAAAGCGAACCUUUUAAGAAAUCUGCCGAGUAGUUUUUGCACAGCAGCUCAAAAGGACGUGGACCUUUAAAUUCUGAAAAAGCCUUUCGGGUUAAAUCACCUGAUUGAGUUUGGAAAUCCCUUGUUUCUCGUGUCCCCUUGUUGAAUGAUAUCUCCAGACAUUUGUGACCCGUCACAGCAAAGCAGCCCCAUGUCGCUCUGAGCUUGGCAGGUGAGAUGGACUGUUUGUUCAUUUCUCUGUUGUCUGCCUUUUGUGAAAUAAGAGCACAUCAAUUUCUUCCAUUAUCUCCUGGUGUCAUUCAGGCUCAUCUUCUGUGCGACAUGCGCCUGGUUUUGCUGUGACGGCUCACAUUUAUAAGUUUAAUAUUUAAUAAAUACGCUUAUCUCUUAACCAGGCCAUUUUACUCGAACUCACAAAGAUGAAAAGACUUUUGAACGGAAAGUUACACGAUGAAUGAAGAAUUUAGGCUGCGUCUGUAAAUGCUUUAUGACUGUUCCGUUGUGAUUGUAGAAAGAUGUUCGUCGUUCCUUCAGAAUAGCUGAAAAUGUGAGGUUGAAACUGAAAGAAUUCCAAAAUUGCCAAACUGAUGUAAUUAUAUUUAUUUUCUGGGCUUGUCUGCCAAGUAUGUUGUGGGGUCGGCUAAAGAAAGGCAUCAUUGAUUGUGUGUGAGCAGGAAAUCGGGUCGCAGCAGUAAUUAUAUCAGGCUACUCUUUGUUUCUACCUAAACCUGCAGAUAUUUUCUGAUAUGUCAUGUUCUCCAAUAGAUCUGACUGCCUUCUUGUAUGUAGCUUACUGUCCUUGUCUAUAAAAACAUCUUUGAGCUUGUACAGUAGAUUUCUAAGCUUGAAAUAUUUGCGAACAUUUAAGGGAUGACAACUUUGCAUACAUGUGCUUGACCAUUAAGUUGGAGCUAAGGGGUCAUAACGGUUUCAAGGCAUUUAAAGCAUGGAAUUUGGCAGAAGUUUUCUGCUGUGUGUAUUUACGGUGGUGUUAUUGUGUGAAAGGUGAUUAAUUUGAUGUGUAUUUUAAUAAUUAGCGGAAGUUUGAAGGAACUGCAUGUAAAAAGGAGAAAUAUUCGGUUUGGGAAUUUCAGAAAGCAAGGCAAAAAAAAGAAAUCAUUGAAGGGUUUCAACAUCUUGUAAUUUAAAAUGUGCUUUUAGGUUUCAGUUAAACAGAGGGGAUUUUGCUCUAUGUUACUGGUAGUAAAUGGCCUGGAAUACCGAUGAUGUACUUCCAUUGAGAUUUAAUCCGUCAACAGUUUUAAGAAAAUAUCGAUAUGAACAUAUCACAAUUUGAAAAAAAUUGUGAAUGUAGACCCUAAAUAGUGUGGGCUAUUCAAUUAAAUUAUCUCUUGGUUCGGUCAGCACAUGCCUUUGAACUUGUUUUCGUAAAAUUUUAAUUUUGGCUCCAGUUUAGUUUUGUCAUGAUGUACUGUCUGGGCAGAGCCUAGAAGAAGGGUACACUUGUACAUUGUGAAUACAAUUGUCGUGUAGGAUCUCUGGUAGAAAGGCGCGGGGUAGUUGAUAAGGCAGUGGUUAAGUAUGAAAGACUACACUCACUUUGGCUGUUCACGCCCAAUACUUACUUACUUAAUCCUUUUUUGAGCCAUAUUGCACAUAAGGCAUCCACUCGAGCUCACCAUCUCCCCCUAUCCUGGGCCAAUGUGGUCUUCUCGAGUUUCAGUUUCCAUCACGUUUGAUUAUUUUUACACGGCAGGGUUGUUGACCCUACGGGCAACCCCCAACCUGGAGGACCAGGAAACCUUUUUUGUCUGAUCCCUCCCUCCCAGCCUGUUUGACAUGGUGGACCUGUCAGGACCGAACUCCACUCCCUCUGGGUUCACGGGGUACACAAGCCAUUGCACCGCCACACGGUAUGGACUCACUGCAACAGCCAAUACACACCCAAUACUAAUAGUAAAUUUCCAACACUAUUUCCACUAUCAUUGAAUGCUUAAUCUUUGGUCAAGUCGGGGGCCGUGGAAAGCUUGUGCCAAAAAUGUAGUAAGUGUGGUGAGAAUAGCCAAAGUGAGGCUUUCAAGGCAAAAUCAAUGCCAGGUUAUCACAUUCGAGGGACAACUUGAGCAUGAGAUGGGCCGGUUUUUCAUGCAAAUAGAGCCUCCAGUAGGAUGGCGACUUAUCAAAACAGGAUCGUUGAAUAAUCCUCAAACUGUAAUAGAGGCAAUGCCAAAACGAAAUUAUCCUUGGCCUAUCCGAAAUAUGCAAGCUAUGUCAAAAACCAACUCACAACAAAUGCAAAAAUCAUUACCGGUACUAGUGAUCAGCAAUUAGUGCGGUGCCUCAUCAGGUCGCACAUUGCCAAUUUAACCUCUUGGUCACCUCAAUCCCAUGCCCAAUUUGUCUCUUUAAGUGUUCAUUUGAAUGCCAAAGUAAGCCCUACUCUUUUCUUUCAUCACUGAUAUCAUUCGGAGUGUUCCAACAUGCUUAUUUUUCAAGGUGUCCAUCAACCUGUUCAAUCCUUAAUUCUUUGAAGCCGGUCUGCUUGUCUGAGAUGAGCAGUGACAUUACCCAUUGAAUGUAGAUCAGAAUUAAAAAGUAUUAAAGACUGGAAAAAUAUCUAUGGUAUUUGCUUGAUCAAAUAUGUAUCAAUCGUAUUUCUUCAGGUGGUUUUUCACAGCUUUCGGGAAACUAAAUUGACUCCAUUUUGCCAAUCUAAGUAACACUAGAACACAUUCAAAAUCCACAAAAUGGUAUCUUAGGACGUUGUAACCUUUGGUCUCAAUGGCCUCUGAACAACACAUGGAAGUAACUUUUUCGUUGUUUGAAAGAAUUCUGGUGUUAUUUAGAUUGUCAAAUUGUAACACUAUAGUUUCACCUUAACCUGUAUGGAUUCUGGCUCAGUAAGCAGGGUUUGUGAUUGAUCAUCUUAAAGUAAAAUCAUUUUGGUGGGCCUUGCAUGAUAUCCAUGUUAAGAACUCUGUUCAGAGGUGUACAUAUUGUUAAUUGAUGCAGAGAUAUUUAUGAAUAACUUUUGUGAUGAACCCUUUUAUAAAUCAAAUAAUAAAUCCCAUUUUGUGUAAAAAA